GUAUACUACUCUCUUCUCUCACUUCCAAAAAAAGAGUGUUGAUAACUGAAUCUGUUUUCUCUCUCACUCAAAGAGUCAUUCAGCCAAUCCCAAUUCGAAGAUUCUUCCAUUGCACCCCCAAAGUCGAUGACGACCAAAACCCAGAAGAAACCCAAAACCCAAUCGAAGAAAUCCAAGACAGAAUCUGUCUCCGUCACCAUCGCCGAUGAGAAAACGCAUCUAUUGAUUAACAACAAGGCGGAGAGCAGCAGCUUCUCCCACCAAGAAGCAAACGGUGCCUCCUUCACCGGAGCAGUUUUCAACUUGUCCACCACCAUAAUCGGCGCCGGAAUCAUGGCUUUGCCGGCCACCAUGAAGGUCCUCGGCCUCGCCCUCGGGAUCUUAGCUAUCGCGUUUGUCGCGGUCCUCACGGAGAUCUCCAUAUCCAUGCUUCUCCGCUUCAGCAAAGCCGGCGCCGUCGCCUCCUACGGCGGCGUCAUGGGGGACGCGUUCGGCGCCGCCGGCCGGAAAUCGCUGCAGGUCUGCGUCGUCAUCUGUAACAUUGGUGUUCUAGUCGUCUACAUGAUUAUAAUCGGGGAUGUUAUAUCCGGUUCGUCGCCGAGCGGAAUUCAUCACCCCGGUCUGAUGGAGAGCUGGUUCGGCCAGCAGUGGUGGACCGGCCGGCUCUUCGUGCUUGUUGUGACCACGCUUGGGGUUUUCACUCCAUUAGCGUUUCUCAAGCGCAUUGAUUCUCUGCGGCACACCUCAGCGGUGGCUGUUUUCCUAGCAGUGUUGUUCCUAGUAAUAACCGCAGGCAUCGUGGUGGCGAAAUGGAUGCAAGGAGGCCUGGUGUGGCCGCGCCUCCUCCCUGAUAUCUCCGACUUCAAUUCCAUCUGGAGUCUCUUCACCGUCGUCCCUGUCCUCGUCACUGCCUACGUCUGCCAUUUCAACGUACACAGCAUUGAAAACGAGCUAGAUGAUCCUUCAUUGAUAAAACCAGUGGUCCGAACAUCUUUGGUGCUCUGCUCAGUCAUUUACAUGAUGACCAGCUUCUUUGGCUUCCUCUUGUUUGGUGACGCCACGCUGGACGACGUGCUCUCCAACUUUGACACGGAUCUCGGCAUCCCUUUCAGCUCCCAGCUCAAUGAUGGUGUUCGUCUCAGCUAUGCUCUCCAUCUCAUGCUAGUUUUCCCGGUCAUUUUCUACCCUCUCCGCCUCAACUUAGACGGCCUUAUCUCCUCCUCCUCCUCCUCCAUCCCUCUCACGGCCGACAACAUGCGCUUCACCUCUCUCACGAUCGCCCUCAUGUCCGUCAUCUUUUUGGGGGCCAACUUCAUUCCCAGCAUUUGGGACGCCUUUCAGUUCACUGGUGCAACCACUGCUGUGUGCAUCGGCUUUAUCUUUCCCGCUGCUGUCGUUUUAAGGGACGUUCAUGGCAUUACGACGUGGAAGCAGAAGGCUUUGGGUGUGUUCAUGGUUGCUUUGGCGGUGUUUGCUAGUCUUGUGGCGAUUUACAGCGACGCCUAUGCUAUCUUUAAGAGAAACUCGACGCCUUCGCGCGAAUAGUCUCACAGAAGGAGCUUCUGGAGGUGAUGGCAGCGCUCGCUCGUCCCUUUUGAUGAUGGGUGAGAAAAUGUGUGAUAUUUGGUUUUGGCACCAUGGUAUUGACCUGAGUAGAGGAUUGAUUCAAGUAUUCAGGCAUCACCUCUGCGUGGUAAUAUGUUAAAUUGGAAACAAGCUAGAUUUAUUAUAUAUAUCUGCAGCAGGUGUUUUUAUCAAACACUUUGCAGGAGUAGUAUUCUUCAGCUGUGUUUCUUCAAGUGUAUUACUAUCAUACUUGGUAUUUAUUUGUAUGAGAAGAGAGGUAGGUAUGUACAUUACUUUCCAUCCAUUGUAACACUCUUUUUUGAGUAAAUAAUUCCAUCAAAUUUUCAAAA